UGCCAAGGUUUUGUCCCAGCAGCUUCUGUCUAGCCAGGGUGGGGGCAGGGUGUCAAGCAUAGGGGCUGCUCUUGUAAUUGGCUGGGAAGGCAGGCCCAGGCCAGUUCUCCCACAGGCCCCCAGCCUGGCCCCUGAACCAGUCCCACUGGUGUAGGGCACUGUCAGGUGGGCUCCAGCAGCAGCUCUCUUCUUCGGGAAGGCAGGCAGGCAGAGCCAGGCUCAGGCCACAGGCCAAGAGCUGCUCAACAGGCAGCCCAACUUCCUCUCCUCUCGCACCGCCCUCUGCUGCCCGCCCUCCUCUGCCUGGCUGGGGGAUGUUUUCCACUCACUGGCGUGCAAGCUCCAUCCCGCUGUUUCCUCCUCUUUUUGGAGUUAAACUUUCCUGAGGACGCCCCCAGCUGUGCAGAAGAAAGUGAGACAGAGUUCUUGGAGGGCAUGGUCAACAGAAGGCACUUCGGUGGAACGGCCCCACCCCAGCAGGCCCCACGCUCCCAAGUCUGAGCGCCACUCAGAGAGCCCAGCCACAAGGAGGCCAAAGCCACUCUGCCGUGCCUGUCUGCCUGCCGCUGGUCCCAGGGAGUACCAGGCCGGCCACUCUAGGUGAUAGAAUGACAAGACCCUGCCCUGCCUUCAGGUGCCCACCAGCCUGCACUCUUUGCUAGUCUCACCAGGCACCGUUGACCCGUCACCGCCUGUCUCCACCCCUGCAGCCAGUCCUCCAGCCGACCUCUCACCAUGGCAGCCCUGAUCGCCGAGAACUUCCGCUUUCUAUCGCUUUUCUUCAAGAGCAAGGACGUGAUGAUUUUCAAUGGGCUGGUGGCACUGGGCACGGUGGGCAGCCAGGAGCUGUUCUCUGUGGUGGCUUUCCACUGCCCUUGCUCACCUGCCAGGAACUACCUGUACGGGCUGACGGCCAUCGGUGUGCCCGCCCUAGCACUCUUCAUCAUCGGCGUCAUCCUCAACAACCACACCUGGAACCUCGUUACCGAGUGCCAGUACCGGAGAACCAAGAACUGCUCGGCUGCCCCCACCUUCCUCCUCCUGAGCUCCAUCCUGGGCCGCGCGGCCGUGGCCCCCAUCACCUGGUCUGUCAUCUCCCUGCUGCGCGGUGAGGCCUAUGUCUGCGCUCUCAGCGAGUUUGUGGACCCCUCCUCACUCACAGCUGGGGGAGAGGGCUUCCCUCGAGACCAUGCCACAGAAAUCCUGGCCAGGUUCCCUUGCGGGGAGGGCCCCGCCAACCUGUCAGGCUUCCGGGAGGAGGUCAGUCGCAGGCUCAAGUAUGAGUCCCAGCUCUUCGGGUGGCUGCUCAUAGGUGUGGUGGCCGUCCUGGUGUUCCUGACCAAGUGCCUCAAGCAUUACUGCUCACCACUCAGCUACCGCCAGGAGGCCUACUGGACGCAGUACCGCAACAACGAGGAGCAGCUCUUCCAGCGCACCGCCGAGGUGCACUCCAGGGUGCUGGCCGCCAACAACGUGCGCCGCUUCUUCGGCUUCGUGGCCCUCGACAAGGACGAUGAGGAGCUGGUAGCCAAGUUCCCCGUGGGAGGCACACAGCCGCGGCCGCAGUGGAACGCCAUCACUGGCGUCUAUCUGUACCGUGAGAACCAGGGCCUCCCCCUCUACAGCCGCCUGCACAAGUGGGCCCAGGGGCUGCCAGGCAACGGCACAGCCCCGGACAACAUGGAGAUGGCCCUGCUUGUCUCCUAAGGUUCCUGUUCCCACACUCUUUGCAAAUGACAAUCCUUGGUCCAACACUGAACCCCACUGUCUGCUCACAUCAGCAUCAGAUUAUUUUCUUUCAACCAUAGCUUUUUGGGAAAACAGACCAAAAGAAACAAAGUAAUCUGGGUACAGAGGAGAGAGCUAAUGCACAAUGUGGUCAGCGUGACAGGAAGGCUCUCCGACCUGAAGAAAUCCCCUCUCGUACUGCCGUCAGCCACCUGAUCAACAGCUUGGGAGGGAAGAUUCGUACUCAGAACUGGUCCUUAAUCAACUAUGCUGUGGAGGACCUUUUACUGGUGGGCUCCAAGGCUGAGAAGCCCUGGCCAGCACAGCGAGGUGACAGUGAAACCUGCCAGCAGGCUCAUUGUAUAGGAUAUUGUGCAGUUAAUUUGUGUCUAACUGCUUAUGGACACCCAGCUCAGUGGUGCUCAGCUGGGAAGCUGCCCUUCGAUGCAUGCCACUGGCUUUAUUUUAUAUAUUUACAUUUUUGAUAAAGCUUUUCUAAG